GCGGCGCGGCGUAACAGUAAUUGCACGCGGCUAUUAUCUGGGCGGCGCUCGCCGCGCAUGGCGGCCGGUGUGAGCGGGAUGCACUCGAUAAUACGUAAAACAAAACGAGGGAGUAAUAAUGGUAAAAAACGAGCAGCACGCAAAUUAUAGUGAGAAAUGAGGCAGCCGGUAGCGGUGGGGGCUCGCGUGGUGCGGUGGGGGCCGUCGCGCGGCAGUCGUGGUCGUUCGGCGCACGCAGACCGCCCGCGCCGCCAGCGCCCAGCGCCGCCUGCGCCGCCUGACGCCGUCCUUCGCGAGUGUUGUGAGUGUGUGACAUGCGCCACAGUCGCCACAGGCAGCGCCAUGAGCGGCAAGGGCUCCUCCUCACCGGACCUGCUCAUGAAUGUUAGUAUCGACUCUGUGUCCGCGGAUCACAAGGACAUGAAGAUUUUAGAACAUCCGAGCUUACGCGGCACGCCGUUGGCUAUGUUGGCGGCCCAGUGCAACAAGCUAUCGAGUAAAUCUCCGCCGCCACUCGCCGACGCUGCCGUCGGUAAAGGGUUUCACCCUUGGAAGAAAAGCCCCGGCGCCCACUCGCCGCCGGGAGCCGGCGUCACGCCGCGCUCACAGGCUCCCACCUGCACCCCCUACGCCCGAGCACCCACGUCAUGCGCCGCUGCACCGUCUUACGGCAACGAUCUCUAUUUCCCUUCUUCUGGUGAUCAACUACUCGGCAAAAGUGAAUCAAGUGCAAGUUUAGGUUCUAUGUAUUCCCGGCACCCUUACGAGUCAUGGCCUUUCAAUGUUGGAGGCGGUGGCGGCAGUGGUGCACUCAAAGCUGCAGAAAUGAGCGGCGUCAGCGCCGUCGGCAGCACAUGGUGGGACGUACACAGCGGAUGGCUCGACGUGGGAGGACAAAUGGCCAAUUACGCUGGUCAAGACUACUCGCAGCUUACACAUUCACUUUCUGGUGGCGCUCAUUUACUGCCACCUGCACCGCACCUUCUACAAGAUGCAUACAAAUCAGUGCUGCCUACGCAAGGCUCAUUUGGUUUGCAUGCGCCCGGUUCACCGGCACCUCCAGCGCAGGCGCCGUCACCUAGGUCACAACGUCGCUAUGCCGGACGAGCAACUUGCGACUGCCCUAACUGUCAAGAAGCAGAAAGGCUCGGCCCAGCCGGCGCUCACCUUCGGAAGAAAAAUAUACACAGUUGUCACAUACCUGGCUGCGGGAAAGUUUACGGGAAAACGUCCCACCUGAAGGCUCAUCUACGAUGGCACACGGGAGAGCGCCCUUUUGUAUGCAAUUGGCUGUUUUGCGGCAAGAGAUUUACCCGCUCCGACGAGUUGCAGCGACAUCUCCGCACCCAUACAGGGGAAAAAAGAUUCGCAUGUCCCGUGUGCAAUAAAAGGUUCAUGCGAUCUGACCACCUAGCCAAGCACGUGAAGACACACAAUGGCGGCAAGAAAGGCAGUUCAGAGUCAUGCUCAGACUCUGAGGAGAACAGCCAGGGUGAGGGCGGCGGCGGCGGACGGUCGCCGGAGCACCCGCUGGACGUGAAGCCGAGCGCGCUGGUGUGACGGGGGCGCGCGGCGCUUGCUGUGCCGCACUACGCCUCGUCGCUCCUGUGAUACUGCCUCCGCCGCGCCGAGACGCCGCCGCCGCCACCGCCACUCACUGUACAUACUACAUAUCAAACCUAAUGUAUAAAAGAUAAACUAUCUGGACUUGUAAUUUUAAACGUUACGGUGCGUGUCGCAACCGUGUGUAUGUUAUUGUUGUGAGACUUAAAAGUGUUGUACAGUAUAGAUAUUAUUAAAAAUAAUUAUCUCAUAUUGUAGCCAGAGAUAGUAUGGUUAAUUAAAUAGGAUAAGUAGUGUCACUAUUUUAGUCCAAAAUUGCAGUUUUAUUUAUUUGUAACGAUACCUCAAAAUGAAAAGCAAAUACUUUUAUUUUUAUUUAUCACGAAGAUUUUAAAAUGCAAUCCAUUCAUAAAUAUUAUAAAUAUGUCCUGCAGCAUUGUGUUAACAAAUAUAGAAAGAUAUAGAGUCGAGCAUGUAAUAAAAUAAAAUAUUAAAUGUACAUAAACUUGAAUCCUGAAGUACUAAUAGGAUAAAGAUACGGAAGAUAUGUUUCCAAACUUAACAAUUUAUGUAUUAUAUUAAUCAUUCUGUUAUCGCACAUUUCUUAACAUAAUGCUGACUACUAGAAGUACCAACGAAUCCAAAAUGUAAUAAGAUGUAAAAACAUUACUCAUAAUAAAUUGCUAAUAAAUAUGUGUUAACAGCCGAUGUCGUUUAUGCUACGACAAUCUAGCUUGGAAAAUAAUUGUAAAAUUUAUUAUAAUUAAUAAACUACGUAUGUAUGUAUAUUGUACAAAUUUGUGCGAAUUAAAAAAUGCCUGAUAUUGAUUUUAUAAAAAUUGAAUAUAUUUUUCCGAGUGGA